GUCGUGUGGCAACCGGGUAUUCAAUGCACGUUCGGGGACUGCAAGCGUAAUUUCUUAUCUCUUUGUCGACCCUUAUUGAACUAUUAAUGACGUCAGACGUGACAGUUACCACACGAUCCACGAUAGAGGCGGUCAUAGAGCAGCGUCGACUCGCGUAAGUGGGCGCGUUGGUAGGGUUGGCAACUGUUCAAGCGGAGCGCUUGGAAUCCCGCCUUGCGCGCUACGCUCUGCCACUUGUUGCGCAGAGGCUCAGUGAGGAGGAGGUAUUUCGCCGGCCGGCACUCAGCACCAGUUCACCACGGAAUCGGUCUUGUUAACUCCAGGAAAGGUUUAACAAUCUCACCCCAUUGCGAUGGCAUCUACAGGAACUCUAGCUCUGCUGAGCGUGUCUGACAAGACAGGGUUGGUGGCUUUGGCCGAGAAGCUGCAGAAGUUAGGGCUUACGCUUGUCGCGUCCGGAGGAACCGCGAAGGCUCUUCGGGAUGCCAAACUGUCAGUGAAGGAUGUGUCCGAAAUCACCGGCGCUCCGGAAAUGCUGGGCGGUCGCGUGAAAACUCUUCACCCGGCUGUGCACGCGGGUAUCCUGGCAAGAGUAACGGAGAGUGACCAGAAUGACUUGAAGAAGAUGAGUUACAACAUGAUAAGCAUAGUUGUAUGCAAUCUUUAUCCUUUUGUGAAUACUGUUGCAAAACCUGAUGUGACUGUAGCAGAUGCUGUUGAAAACAUUGAUAUUGGUGGUGUGACACUUCUGAGAGCUGCUGCCAAGAAUCAUGAUAGAGUUACAGUGGUGUGUGAUCCAGCUGAUUAUGACCGUGUGGUGAAAGAAUUGGAGUCAUCUAGUGAAAAAACCACAUCUUUAACUACUCGGCAGCAAUUGGCCUUGAAAGCUUUUACUCAUACGUCAGAGUAUGAUUUGGCUAUUUCCGACUACUUCCGCAAACAGUUCAGCAGUGGUGUGUCUCAACUCACGCUUCGAUAUGGCAUGAAUCCUCAUCAGAAGCCAGCUCAAAUUUUCACUACUUUGUCCAAACUUCCUUUGAAAGUGGUAAACGGAUCACCUGGGUUCAUUAAUCUCUGUGAUGCUCUGAAUGGAUGGCAACUCGUGCGGGAGCUCCGGGCUGCUCUUGGGCUUCCUGCUGCCACGUCCUUCAAGCACGUGAGCCCUGCUGGUGCUGCUGUGGCUGUGCCUCUCUCCCCGGAGCAGUUACGUGUGUGCAUGGUGGAAGACCUGGCCGAGUCACUGACGCCGCUUGCCACUGCCUAUGCUCGUGCUCGUGGUGCUGAUCGUAUGUCUUCGUUUGGAGAUUUUGUGGCACUGUCUGAUCCCUGCGACGCUGUCACUGCAAGAAUAAUCUCUCGAGAGGUAUCUGAUGGUAUUAUUGCUCCUGGGUAUAGUCCAGAGGCUUUGGAACUUCUGCGCAAGAAGAAGGGAGGUGCAUAUUGUGUUCUUGAGAUUGAUCCUGAUUAUGAGCCACGUCCCAUUGAGCAAAAAAUAUUGUUUGGCCUUACUAUGGAGCAACAACGGAACAAUGCUUCAAUAGACAAAAAUGUGUUUUCCAAUAUUGUUUCCAAUCGCAAAACGCUUCCAGAAGGUGCUCUGAGGGAUUUGAUUGUGGCUACAAUCGCCUUAAAGUAUACUCAGAGUAAUUCAGUGUGUUAUGCUCGUGAUGGGCAAGUUAUUGGCAUUGGUGCUGGCCAACAAUCACGAAUCCACUGUACAAGAUUGGCUGGAGAAAAAGCUGACAACUGGUGGCUUCGCCAACACCCAAGAGUGCUUAAUAUGAAAUUUAAGCCUGGAGUAAAGCGAGCAGAAAUUUCAAAUGCUAUUGACAACUAUGUAAAUGGCAGUGUUGGCAAGGACAUGCCCUAUGAUGCAUGGGCUGCCGCGUACGAGAGCGCUCCAGCUUUCUUGACUCAGGAAGACAGACAAGAAUGGGUGCAGAAAUUGUCAGGAGUUGCUCUGGCAUCAGAUGCCUUCUUCCCAUUCAGAGAUAAUAUUGAACGUGCAAAGCAGAGUGGGGUAGAAUAUAUUGCAAGUCCAUCUGGAUCAACAAAUGAUGUAGAUGUUACUAAAGCUUGUGAUGAAAACAACAUUACCCUUGUCCACACAAAUCUUCGCUUGUUCCAUCACUGAAGUGUGAAAAAAUAUUACCUUCUGUAUUAGACUGAUACAAGAGAUCUAAUGUUACUUUUUAGGAUAUGACAUUACAUCUUUUGUACUCUUUAUGAAAGCAUAACUGAAAAAUAUUUCUGAAAAUUUUGAAGUUAUGUUAGUGCUGCUCAAAUUUUCUAUUAAACUUUUCAUAAAGUCUAUUCAGUAUAUUUUCAGAAUUUUUUUUAUAAAAAUGUAAAACUAUCUAUUGAUUAAUUUUUAUAUUGCCAUAAGCAUUUUUGUAUUUCCAUAAGUAAUAAAAUGAAUUAAUCAACUUUGUUGUUACAUGAAUAUUUCUGCAAGCUAUCAAAAUAAUUUAAUGUGUUAGUUGAUUACAUUAGUAAACACAAGUAUUGUUAUAGGAUUUUAUAUUACAUAGUAAUUCAGUUCUAUUUAGAUGCAUAGAGGGCAAUAUGGCCAUGCAAGGAAAUGGAAGAACAGUGAUUUCUGUCGUGGAGGGGGAAAAAUAAAUCAUUUUCCAACAUAGUCAACUCUCUCCUCACCUCCCACACCACCCCUUCUACAACACAUUUGAUAUCUAACCUAAGAAUGUGCUAAAUGAUUAUUUAAAGGAAGUAUUUACAUAGUCCACUUUGCCACCCUAUUGCAAUUACAAACUUGGUAUUUUUUGAGAUUGUGAGAUUUGUAUUGUAUUUGUUUGAAAAUGUUACGUAUUAAAGAUGCAUUUCAAAGUAAUAGGAAUUAUUGACAAGUUAAAAUGAAAAUUUAUAUUUUAUUUUCAAAAGCAAUGUCUAUUGGGGAAACGCCUAUCUUGUUUCUCAGUCGCACAUUUCCAACUGUAAUGUAUUUAGUAGUGGCAUUAUUUGCAACAGUACAAAUAGGUACCAAUCAAGCACUUUUUCUGUAUCCUUCAUCCAACCAAUGGCUGUUGGGAAGAAGAGAUGGAAAUUUAAUUCCUUUAAAUGAUGGCUACAGUAUUGUUGGAAAAUAGUUAUUCAGGAGAGACAUUCUUUAAUACAUCUGUUUACAUUCUUGGUUUAUGAUGUAACUGGCAAUAGUUGAAUCAAAUUUUCAGUAGAAAUUUUGUACAGUAUUCUCUGAAUCACGUUUCAUUAUAAUUGAGUGAAUAUAAAGUUGCCCUUGGUUAAUAAGUGCAAAUACAAAAAAAAAAUCAUGGAAAUCUACCAUAUCAAAAAACCAAUGUUGGCUACCUUUAGAAAUCUUCAGAAGAAAUUUUUUAAAGUUAAUUCACAAGGCUUCCAAUUGUAAUCAGUUCCCAGAACAACUCUUGAAGGGAAAAUUAAGGGGAUAGAGGAAAAAUAGGACAUGCUUGAGUUUUAAAUACUCAACUUUUUUUUCUUCUGUUUAGUCAUAUGCUCCAACUGCCUUAUGUAAAUUGCAAGCUGACAAAGCUAUAAAAGUUGGAUAAAUAUUGUUUUUAUUCAGUGGUAUAGCAGAGUGGGGAGGGUCUUGAGGCUUCAACAUUCUCCAGAAGCAAUUGACAUUUUCAUAUACAGUAAAAUAACAGCACAACAAAAUUGUUGGGGGAACCUCGGUAAUUAUUUUGUCAUGAAAUUUCAUUAUAUUGAAGAAAGUUAAUUCUUUACUUAUACUGUACAUAUAACAUAACAUACUGUGUGUCCGUCAAAAGAUCUUCAGUACUUAAAUAAGAAUUCAGUAAUGAAAAAGCUAAAAGUAUGUGUUAGAUGAGAGAAAUAUGUAAUUGCAGGAGGUUUUAAAAGAUUAUUCAUCAAAUCAAAUCUGUGUUCUAGAAUGUUCAAAUUUUUGAUAGACAAGAUUGUAAAUGGAACAGUACCAUCUAGAUACUUCAAUGUAACUUCCAAUGGUAAUUUGUUAACUUCAUGCUCUUACUUAACUAAAUAGCAUGAAGUCUUUCAUUGGAAGAUAUGCACAUCUUCAAAUUGUUUGAAUUAUUAUAUUUUAUGCCAUUGUGCUAUAGUAAAAUACUAUUGUAUUAUAUAGUAAAAUUUCUAUUAUAUUUUAAAAGAAAUAAAAAUCACAACUUAGGGAGAAAAAAGUAAAAUUUUAAUGAAUUAUUCUGAAAAUGGCAAUUUCAUUAAAGAGAGAUUAUUUUAUAUGUACGGGUAGGUAAAGUGGUGGAGACACAAAAACAAUUUUGUAAAAUGGAAUUUGUUUGAUCAAUGCUUGUUUAUGGACAUUUCACUUUGUAUUUUCAGUUUAUUCGGUUAUUAUUCAGUUUCUAAUGAAUAUGUUAUAAAUAAUGUAUAUAAACAAACAAAAAUUACAUUUAAAUUCAGCAUAAUGAAAAGUUUUCUAUAAGAAAUUUCAUAGUUGGCUGGGCACUGCACUUACUGCCUCCCAUUAGAAAGAGGAUUAUCUAGAUCUUAGAUGAAUGGGUUAGACUUAAAGACCUUCUCAUUUGGAUCCAUUAGAGUCUCUAAUGGAUUAGGAGGAGGAAAUGAAUAUUUUGACAAUUUGGAGAAAUCUAAGGGGGAAAAAACAUCCUGAAAAGCUUAUUGAUUGAACAGAAAGUGAAGUUUCUGAGACAACAGG